GUUGUACUUGAUAGUUGAUCAAACUCACAUCCUUAGGACACCUUAUCUGUUCCCUAUUUUCUGUGUUGUUAUUGAAGUCGCAUUUUCUUUCGUAUCGUCUCUAUUAUUCUACAUUGGAUAUAGUAAGUUUGACCCCAGUAGCCUUCCGUUCAAUCUUUCACAGGAGCAGUUGGAUUACAUGUCAAUGAGGACCGUUGCAUCUUAUAAACUAAAGACUUUCAAAGAAAUAAUUUAUCCGGUACAUUUCGUUUCGAUGGUUCUAUUAGCCCUCGUAUUCCUUGUGUUAAUUGCAUUUGAGAUCGUUCGUACUAUUCAUAAGAAACAAAGCCUCAUGUCUACCGGAGCAUCCAGUCAUCAUCUAAAAGCGCUGAAGGUUCUAACGAUCCAGGGGGUUUGUACCGCAUCAAUAUCUUGCUGUGCUCCUGUCGCAAUAACCCUUUCGCUUUUUCUCCCUAUAAGUUUGACUGUAGUUUAUGGUUGCUCGUUAAUGUUGGGUUCUAGCUCUCUAGUACAGUCUGUUCUCACCAUCUCUUUGAACCCAGUUUUCCGGAAAACUGUUCUGACUCUGAUUGGCAUUGAAGCAAGAAAGACUACUGUCCGAGUAGAUGCUGCACGCAAGUACAAGUUUCCGUCUAACUGGCCGUCAUUUCACAGACAGCUGCACAUUCGGAUUUGUUGA